AUGGUUUGGACUACAUUAGCUCUAUUCGUUGUUCUGUUUACAUUCGGUACUGGGUUUUGUUUUUAUAAAUGGAAUGUAUUACGUAAAACAACUGAAGGUUCUGAUGAUUUUGAAGUGUCUUUGAAUGUCACUUCCUAUUUUCGUUUAGCAUCAACAUGGCUUGGAUUAGGAAUUAUUUGUGCUCUUCUAUUAGUGAUUAUACUAAUAAUAUUAAUAUUUUUACGCAAUCGUAUUCGUGUGGCCAUUGCAAUAUUAAACGAAACAAGCAAAGCAGUCGCAUCAAUGACAUCUAUAUUGUUUUGGCCAAUUCUACCGUUUAUUCUGGAAUUGAUUGUGAUUGUUCAAGUUUUAUUUGUUGCUAUUUCACUUCGGACAGUAGUUGAUCCUAUUGGAACUAAUAUGACCAAUGAUGAUCUGAUUAUGAAUACAGCAUUUGAAAAUAAAGCUAAACAUGAUUUGAAAGAACUAUUUCAACUGAUUCCAUGUGAUCCUUUAAAAAACAAUUCAGCUGGCAAAGCUUGUCGUUUUCUAUACUAUGGCGAUCGGAAGUAUACAAUCUAUUUACAAUUCUACAAUUUAUUCAUGUUCUUUUGGUUAAUCAAUUUUGUCAAAUCAUUAACACAAAUGACUUUAGCUGGAACAUUUGCUGAAUAUUAUUUUUCACGUCAUGAUAAAAAAUCCACCUCCAAUUGUCCAUUAUUCACAAGUUUAUUUCGAUCAGUUUUUUAUCAUAUUGGUUCAUUGGCAUUUGGUUCAUUUUUAAUUGCACUAUUACAAUGGCUUCGUGUUAUUCUUGAAUAUAUUCAGACAAAAUUAAAAAAAGCUAAUAAUCCUGUUGCAAAUUUUUUCAUGAAAUGUUUAAGUUGUUGUUUUUGGGUACUUGAAAAAUUCUUACGAUUUCUUAAUAGAAAUGCUUUUAUUAUGAUUGCUAUCCAUGGUCAAAGUUUUUGUUCUGCCUCUCGUUCAGCAUUAUCUUUAUUGAUGCGCAAUGUAGUCAGACUUAUUGUGGUUGAUAAAGUGACUGAUUUUAUCCUAUUUAUUGGAAAACUUGUUGUUGUCGGUGUUGUAGGUAGUUUGGCUUAUGUCUAUUUGGAAGGCAUAUUGUUUAAAGGGAAUGAUUAUGUGAAUGAUGCACUAUAUCCCACUAAUCUUCACUAUACAUUUUUACCAUUAGGUAUUAUUAUAUUGUCGUCUUACCUUGUGGCGUCAUUAUUCUCCAGUGUAUUUGAAAUGGGUGUUGAUACAAUAUUUCUUUGCUUCUUGGAAGAUGUGGAGAAAAAUGACGGGUCUGCUGAAAGACCAUACUAUAUGAGCAAAAAUCUUAUGAGUAUUUUAGGUAAACGUAAUGUAUCUUAAAAGUGGUGGUGGUGGUUCAAGUUGUCGAAAUCGACCGUCAACUAUUUUGAAACACGCGAAACGAAUUAUGUGUAAUAUCCGCUGAAUGAAUUGCCUUCAAUGCGCCGACUGUAUGCGUAAAAUGCUUUCUUUUUUCCCUGCGUUUUCUUUUUAAACUUUCACAAAACAAUUUUGUGACGAAACAAAAGAAAAAUAAAAUUCAUUCAUGCCAUCAUCAUUCAUUGUUUUUUGUUUCAUGCUUUUUUAUUAUUUCGUUUCUUCUAUGAUGAUGCUGCUGCUGCUCACUUGCUGCUUUCUGUUUAAUUGUUUAGAUUCUCCUAAUAAAUCAUCUCUUUUCGGCCCCCUUUUUUUCUCAACAAUUAUUAUUAUUAUUCAUAAUAUACAUUUUUUGUUUAAAAGAAAUUGUUAGUCAAUAAUUUUGUUUUUCAUUUGAACAAUAGAUAGUUCAUUUUAAUUCAUCUGUAACUGCCUUAUUAUUAUUAUUAUUAUGACUAAAUCAUGAUAUUGAAAAGCACUUCUUUUUUUUAAAAAAAAAAAAUCAAAAUGACCUUUUCAACUAGACAAAAACAAUGCUGACUAAUCUCAAUGUUCAAUUUUUCUAAACUUUUUUCUAAAAAUUUUUAUAGGAGAAAACUGUUUGCAAUAUUGUAGUUAAAAUAUAGCAUGUGUUAUAACUUGAUAAGUUUUGUUCGAUAGUCCAGCUUAGUAGCUUUUGGAACUAGACUCAAAUGUUUUAUUUCAGCUGUGGUUGGUCAUUUAAGUGUUCACAAUUUGAACUUGCUUACUAGAUUUCUAUCAUUCUAACUACUCAUUCCCUU